AGGCCGACGGAUGGCUCUCCUCUUUUAGCUCUGCUGUGGAAUCCGCCUCGCCUCACCUCUGAUGUCCAAAAUGCACCGACCUCUUCCUUUCCUCCUUGUGAUAUAAUGAAAUCGGAAUUCUGCAGAGUGUUGAUGCAUGAGUUCAUCAAACAAUAUGCAGAGGACCAUCUUUGUAGAGACGGAUGCCACUGUGGAUGAUGCAGUGCUGCGGAAAAAAGAACAAAAAGAUGUUGAACUGGAUAAGAAAAUCACAGCUUUGCGGAAAAAGAAUGAAGCCCUUAUGAGAAGAUACCAGGAAAUAGAAGAAGACAGGAAGAGAGCAGAGCAAGAGGGAAUGGCUGUCACCUCGAGGAGAGCCAGGCCGGAGGGUCUGACCAUCACCAUCACCAAGGCCCAUCAUGAGAAAAGAGUUGUGAGUGAGAAAUGGGGAACCAGUUGCCCUUCAGCGUCAAAUGUUGGGAUUGGCAGUGAGGAGGAGGAAGAUGAGGAGGAAGCUGAUCAUUUGUUUACAUUCAGGAUGGGGAAGAGGGUUCAGCUGGCAGUUACCAUGGACAACAAAGCCAAGGGAAAACGUCUUGUCAGUGAAAAACGGGCAUCGGAUUGUCUUGUGAACCCUGCGGGGGCCCCUGAAAUUAGUGAAGAAGAGAUGGAUCAGUUGGUUGCUUUCCGCAGGGGAAGAAGAAUGCAGAUUGCCAUUACCAUGGACAACAAGGACCGGGUGAAUGAAAAGAGAACAGUGGAGAGGAGGUGGUCAGAGGGUGACAAGUACUCCGAGAAUGCAUUGAUCAGAAAAGAAAGAGGGAAAUCCCCCCUGAUGAAGAGCCCAGGAGACAAAGGUUGCAACCUGAUGGGGAGAGAGCGGUCAGAAUACAUGCGAUGGAAGAAAGAACGGGAUCAGAUCGAUCUUGAGCGUCUGGCGCGCCACAAGAAUGCAAGAGGAGAAUGGCGACGGGCUUGGGAUAUAGAAAAAUCGGAAUACAUGUUUGAGGAUAUUAAGGAUGGGGAACCAGCCUUGGAUUGUCCCCACAGUAAGAAAGGGGCAAGGAAUCCCCGCAAAUCCCAGCAUCGAUCAUUGCCUUCUGAAGGCAAAGGUGGAGGACAACAUAGAAGGAGCACCGGUGAGUCUGCCUCCAGGACUUUGCCAGUCAUGAGCAGUAAAGCCCGAGGGAAAGACAGACUGACAGGCAGAGCCAGAAGAUGGGAUGCCAAGGAAGGUGAAGAAAUGCACCUUGCAAAGGAUGACCAUAAUAAUCAGAAAUCCAGUAGUAAUGAAAACUUAAAGAGUCAAGCUAUGGCCUGUGAAGAAGCCAAGAAGCAUAAUUGCCUGGCCGGGUUAGAGAAGAAUGAAAAGCCACACUCCACAUCACAAGUCAAAAUAGGUGGAGUGAGCCCAUCUGCAGGUGAAGACAAGGGUGCAAAUGAACAAGACAGGAUGUGUCUUCCCCAAGAUACACCUGCAGUCGCUGUGGAAGAAACUGAGGCAGAUCCCAGCCUCAGUAAGGCAGUAACUGGGACUGCUCUGUCCCACAAGGGCAACUGUAUAAAUAGCCGCUCUCACCAGGAAGGGAACACGGCACAGGCUUCUGGGAGUGCCUUUGAGGAAAUCAAUUCCACUUUCCAUGAAGCUGGCUUAGACAAAAAAGCACUUUCUGAAAGGAACCCUAGUGCAGAAAACCUCAGCACGUUGCCAGUCAAGGCAGAAGCAGGUGGUGGAAGCCGAGGAUUGUCAGCUGUAAGACAAGUGGGAGAGAUCCAAAUUGCUGCUGUCAAGAAGCAAAUAAUCCCUGUGAAAGAAAAUGAUGCCCCUGCCUGCCUUCUACAUAGGGAGGAGUCCAAGUCUCUCAGUAAAGAAAUGCUAGACAGAAUGAAUGAAUCUGUACAAACAGGGACAGAAAUGAGGAAUAAGGAACAAGGCCAACCUCAGCCAUGCAAUGAAGAAACACAGAAUUAAUAUGCGGUAGAACACACUGGCUCCCAAGAGGCUGAAGUUUCAAGUCAAUAGUAUUGAUCAGGAAGCUCUUGCAGGACAGCCCGCACAAAAGGACCGAACCGGCAAGUAGACAUCACUCUGCACUGGCACUCCAUGGCAAGUGCCUUAGGAGCCAGUGAUUAAAUGGCACUUUUAAAUGCAUAAUUAAUUCAUAAAUGUAAGGUCUGGGGCAGGAGUCAACUGGCUCCGGAAAAGACAUUUGGGUCCUGUGCGCCAGCAGUGGGCAGAGCUGUUCCCACUGCUGAAAUGUUACUCCAACAUGUUUCCUUGGCCUGGAGCCAUUCACACAUGCAAACACAGGUACUUAUUGAGCAAAUAUGGACUUUUUUUAAUCCUGCCCCCAAAGAGUAAUUUUUGGAAGAUGGUAAAGAAUGAAAUUAUGGCUGUUGUAGGUGCUGAUAUCUCCUUAGACCCACUGCUAUUGUUAUUUGAUUAUGUUAAAGAUAUUGUUCUAUUUAUCAUUCUAUAAUUACCCAUAUGACAGCAAGCUAUAGGUUGAAAGGAAUUAAUUCUCCAACAAGAUGGCUGUGUAUGAGGGUUUGGGAUUUGGCCUCAGUAGUAACAUUAACUAAUGUGAUUAGAGGCAGAGAAGGACAAGCAAUAAAUCAUUUUAACAGAAAGGGAAUUCUAUUUUAUGUUAGAACAAUAAAGUUCAGGAUUCAGUGCAACUUUAUUUAUUCUUAGGGGCAAUUUAAUUGGUAUGAGUUGAAUCAUGUUUAUAACUUGUCUUUGUUAUUAUCUGUAUUUAUGAAUCAGUGUAAAAUGAAAUAUUUUGUUUUCUCUGUGGAUAGCUUCUCUGUAGUAGCAGAAAAAUACAUAAGUAAAAUUAUCCAAAAACAUAAAUAACACACACACCUCCCGUUUUCUUUCCUUCUCUCUCACUCUCUGUUUCUCUUUCUCUCUUGCUGGCUGGACCAAAUAGGAGUUGGAAUCCAAACCUUCUGGAAAGUCAAGGUUUCCCAACUUUGCUUUCCAGCCUCAAACUGCUGGAGCCUGAGAUAUUUGAAUCACUGCUUUCUCCCAUGCCAAUUUUCCAGGCUUUCUAAACAACAGAAGUCCUUCCCACUUGUUCAUCACUAAGGACAAUUAAAUUGCAAGCAUCAGGACCUUUUCUACAGUGGCCCCAUGGUGCUGGUAGAAGUUGACCUCUGGAAUCCAUCAGAUCCCAUAUUUAGGAAAGCUCCGAAGAGGCACUUGUUUUCAUUAGCCUUCUCUUGAGUGGUGUUUUAGGCUGAUGCCUGUUUCUGUUUAGCUAUGGACGUUAGAUGUUCCUUAGUAUUACACUUGGUGUUUAUUUUCUUUUAAAAGUGAUUUUGUGUGUUAUUAUUUUAUGGCUAUGUAAGCUGCCUCGAGAGGGUUGUACUCUUAAAGAGAGGCCUAAAACUUUUAAAAUAAAUUAAUAGAAGGGCAGUUUUUAGGAGGAUGCAAGUCUUCCUGGGGGGCAGGGACAGCACUGAGGGCAUUGUGAACAAUGGCCUGCUUUGCCACCCCAAACCUGUACCCAGUUCUUGAGCCUACACUAAACUUCUCCCCUAACUUAAUCAUUACCUGUAAUACAAAUGUUUCCCUAUUAGCAAUGCAUUUUUUUAAAUAUUGGGCAAUGCCCAACUAAGCAAAACACUAGAAAAGAUUCCUUGUUUAAAAUGAAGAAGAAAGUAUGUGCUAACCAGUGCUCACUGUGGAGGAAAAGUUCCCUCUGCCAUCAUGACAGCAAGAAAAGAAAAUGUGUGGGAAGACACUCAGGGACAUGAGCAUGAACUCCCUCUUGAAAGCUCUACAUGUUCCUAUAUUCUGUUCUGCACAGGCACAAACUCGUAAGUGGAACUGCACAGGGACUGUAAUACAAACCAAAAAAGGUGUCUCAACCAAGGUCACUCUCUCAGAGCAGAGAGGUGCCAUUCUGAUCUCUAAAACACCAGCUCCCAGAGGCAUUCGGUUGCUAUAGAUAGGAGCACAACAAGAAUAUAAUCCUGGCCCUUGAUGCGUGUGAUCCUUCUGUUGACAUUCUCUGAGCGAUUGAUUUGUUGGGGGGGUGGGGAGGGAUUGAAAAAGUUGCAGCCUCUGUCGCCUUUUGGGGACAUUUGCAUCAUGUUCAUCACAGUAUCCGACCUUCGAGGUGGUAAGCAUCUGGACUCAAUACUGUAGGACAAAAUCCUGGCCUGGCAAUCAGAACCCAGCUGCUGCUUUAAUUUACUGCUUGGUAGUCUCUUUUGGGAUUCUCAUUUUGAUGUUGGUUGGUUUGUUUGUUUGUUUGUUUGUUUGUUUUCCAGGACAGCAUGUUAAUAAAACAAGGCUGAAUGCAAAAGAUGAUGAGCACAUUCUCCCCCUCUGACAUUGUCCUUCAGGACCUGGCCUUCACCCUUCAGCUUCCAUUUAACACAAGCCACUGCAGGAGAUCUUUGCCUGUGUAGGAGCCAGUCGUGUCCUGAAAUUGUCUGUUCAAUUUUGGCAUCACUCACACAUAGCACAUCUCUGUGCCAAAGGAAGAAAACCCUAUGAAAAAGCAGCCUUCCGAGGAGAAAGGAAAUGCUGACACAUUUAUUUAACACUUCUCUUUGCUUCCCUUCCCAUGGCUCUGGGCAUGUGACAAGCCACGCAUUAUCUAAUGUAUGCACUUUAAUUUAUUUAAUAACUAAUUUUAUUUAAGACAUGGGUUUGAAGAUAUUUCCCCUUCUUUGGCCAAUGAGACUGUUGCUUCCAAAAGGAACAGGCAAAGCUUACAGAGCCUGGUUGUUUGCUUGAUUUUUUAUGGAUGAUUGGCCAGCUAGAAAUGAUUAUGAAGAUAUAACUGUCUGCUUAGUAAUAAAGGUUUGACUGAGGAUACAGUAAAUCUAGGAAGCAAGGAAGUUAUAUUGUGACUUUGUCCAAGUGUGACAGUGUAGUGAGAAGGGACCAGUGGUAAAGAAGGUUAAGGGCUACAAUUCAUUAAAGUUUCCCUAUUUUUUUAACUCCUGGUAACUCCUGUGACUAUAAUUAAUUUCCUAGUUUAAUACAUGAAUGAAAGUACCCACCUCCACAGGUAUUUUCCUCCUCAAGGUGUAGCAUUACCCAUAUGAGAAAAGAGGGAGGGUGGGGAGAUUGGAUUUUGGAAAAAAGUCUCUUUAUGGCUAUGCCAAGGGUGAUUGUGACAUUGGAGCACAGCCAUGUAAGAACAGAAGAAAAUAACAACUUGGAUGUAGCAUCUCGAUUCAGAGAAGUGUUUUUUGGAUUGCAAACGAAAGUGGUUGAUCGACUAAGACUGACUUUUAUUUAGCAACAUGAUGUGACAUUGCAAGCCUUGUAUCAUUUCAGUUACUGGCCUGCAGGGUUCUCUUCUACUGAUACUUCCGUAAGGUAGAAUGGAGUUUUGGCAAGGCAUUAUCCUCUCAUUUCAAGGGUAUUGUAAAGACCAGUAACAUUUGAGCAUGCAACAGUAAUCUUCUACGAUCCAGCUAUAUGUGAGAAAUACUCUGCAGAGUCAACUCCAUGUGACAAAAGUUCUGUAUUGUGGGUUCGCUUCCUAAAUUGCAGUGGACACAGACAAACCAGAGAUGAGCAUUGGUGGGGCUUAUUGGUUUCAAUGUGGAUGUUACGGGUGUACUUGGCACCCUCUCCCAUUGAUGACCAUGGGGUUUGACUCCAAAUCAUUUUUAACUUGUUCAUACUUGAUCCAGUUUGCAAAUGACAUUAAAUCUUUCAGGAUGAUGAAAGCCCCAGUGAAUUGUGAAGAGAUCCAAAAAGAUCUCUCUAAACUGAGGUCCUUUGAGGCAAUAAAAUGACAAACACAAUCCACUAUAAAAUGUAGAUUGGGACUUUGCCCCCCUCCCCUCCUCCCACCAGCAACCCUAACUUCACAUAUACGCAGUUUGAGCUAGCAAUGACUAACCAGGAAACAGAACUAGGAAUUGUUGUCAAUAGCUCAAUAAAAAUAUUUAUUAUUCUGAAUAGGAUGAAUACUAUGCUAAAGCUCAUUAGAAAAGGAAUUGAAAAUAAAACUCCUAAUAUUCUAAUGCCAUUAUACAAUUUAAUGGUGCAGCCAGACUUUUUAUACUGAAGACAGUACUGACGGUCAUACCUGAAAAAGGAUAUUGUAGGGAUGAAAAAACUGUAAAAAGGGGGCAAACAAAAUCACCUGAGCAAGUUCUGCAUGAAGAAAAGGUACAAUAUUUGGGGACAGGUAGAAAAAGGUGAGUAAGGGGAACAGGAUAGAAAUGUACAAAACUAUGCAUGGUGUGGAGAAAGUGACUAGAAAGAAGUGUUUCUCCUGCUUUCAUAAUAUUAGAAUGUGGACCCAUCCUGUGAAGCUCAGCAUUUUCAGGACAGAGAAAAGGAAGAAAGUCUCUCUGUGCCCAUAGUUUAACUAUGGCAUUUGCUACCACAAGAUGCUGUGAAGGUCACAAACUUAGAUGACUUGAAAAGGAAACUGAAUAAAUUCUAAGAUUAAAUCAGGAAUCGAUGGCUAAAGAUUAUGGCAACUGUUUUAUGCUGCCUCCCAGUUCAAAGACUCGGAUCAGCCAAAAGCAUCCAAUAAUUCAUCAAGAGAACCUUUUUCCCUGGCACAUUACAUGGAAAAAACAUGACAAGGAAAAACGAACUUGUUGCAGUAAAUUUCCCAGAAAUCAGUAAUGCAUGAGUUGAUCCACACAGUAGUUGUGGAGUCCAAGAGAAUGGUUACUGUUGCCCUCUAGAAUUACAUUUGUGACAAUAUAAUAUCAUACAGAUAUAAUUACCACCUAGUUAAAGUAAAUUGAUAAACUCACUGAAAACAUUAUAGAAAGCAAAAGUGUUAUAAGAAAAUGCAGCUCAUUUCUGAUAAAUUUUGCAGAAAAAGCCACAUUGUGGCCCAAACACUUGUCUGGAACAAGUUCUAUAUACCUGAUGCACUGAUGAUAGGAAAACAUAGUAUUUAGUCUCUUUCAUUGUUUUUAUGACAGACAAAAUCUUUUCCUAACUUUUGUCUGGGAAGGAGAUUUCAGUACCAGCAUUCUGUCAUGUUAGAACUGCUUUUUUUUCUUUUUGGCAUUAAGGAAAUACAUACCUUUGAUGCAAGAGAACUGGAUGGCCCUGAUCUGCAGCUGACCUAUAUUUGCUUAUAAUGACAGACCUUGGUUCCUUAGAGAAAGUGCAAAAGAAAUGUUUCUAAGGAUGGAUGGUGGUGGUUAUUUUUGCAAGGAAUAUCUGUAUUUCUCUUUGUAAGAACCUAAGAAGGACUCUGCUGGAUCAGGCUAAGGCCCAUCCAUUCCAGAAAACUGUUCUGCUAUCCAGAUGCCAAAAGGAAGCACAUAAGCAGGAUGUGAAUGCAAUACCCUAGAUUUCCAGCACCUGGCAUGGUGAGGCAUCCUGGCCCAAAACUGCAGGUAACAUAGAGUCAUCCGUAAUCUAACACAUCUGAUCUUCUCCACUGAAGCAAGGAAACACAUGUUGAGUGUGCAAUGCAGUGAGAUCUAUUUGGCCUUCCUAGGAAUAAGUCCUACUAGCCGAACUAGGCAAUGUGCUUUAUUGUUGGCAAGAGUGAGGCAAAACACCAUGUUUGGCUUUAUUAAAUUAGUAAACUCAUAGGAAUGUGUUUUGGUUUUGCCACUAAUUCAAGUGUGAACCACCCAGAUGGCCUCCAUUCUAGAUAAUUAAUUUCCCACUAGCUGUUCAGGAAUGGUUUGCUGGUCCCAUAGAAGCAUGUUACCAAGAAAACAGAGAGUGCAAUGCAAAUACUGGAAGUAAUCUUUUAUAGUGAGGAGAACCAGUAUUGGCUUCCUGUGGAAAUAAACAAAUAGACUGUUGAUCAGAGGUAUUCAGAUUUAGAUAUCCCUGACAUGAAAGGCUCAAUUUCUGCAUCUUAUAAUAUUCAGCAUAGAUUGGUUAGCAAGCACAUAAAACGAAUUACUAGUUUACAAAGUUGUGAUCUCAUUGAAGGAAAAUAAGCACAAUCCACAUUUAUACCCACUGAAUUUUCAACAGGAUAUAACAUGCUUAAAUGCUUGGGAUCAUGCCCACUGCUGGUAGUACAUAAUUUGCUGCUGGUACAUAAUUUAACAUGAAUGUGACCAGAAUUUCCACCAGUUAUUCUUCCAGCAUAACAUUAGCUCAUACUAACAGUGUUGUGUGAAAAGCUUGAACCCACUAUGUUACCUCAUUUGCAAGAAGAUUUGCCUUUCUAAUAUGCUCCCUUAAUUUCCCCAUUAGUUUACAAUUACUUAAGGAAGAGGAAGUGUUAUUCAGUCAUUUGUUACUGGAUACUAAAAUAAAGUAGAAUCUAAAACAGCCUGGGGGUAGGAGACAGUGGUAAAAGGCACAAGAAGCACUGGAAGAUGGUGCCUACUAAACCAAUGACCCUUGUAUCAACUUCCUUUUCAUCCCACAAAACUAUAACAGUUUUAUACAAAUUCAACUGCUAUAGCUUUUUCCAAAUGAACAUGGGAAUUGUAGUUCCCUAGGGAAUUACUAUCGAAUUAGUUUAAGCCUAUUAAGUUGAUAUGCCCAUUGAAGAAGGGUCUGUUAUCAUUAACUUAGUUUGAUGGCAUUUUGGAGAAAUGAUAGUGAUUAAUGCUUGUUUUCUACAAUAUAUGUGAGAUGGUUGAGAGGUGAGAGAAAUGGUUGAGAAAUAUUGGGAUUAUUUUUAUUAAAUAAAUGUUGUUUGAAGAAAAA